AUGCUGUUUGCUUAUCAAAUAGAAGGCGGCUGGAAUGCUGACGGUAAAGGCGAAAACAUAUGGGACAGAUUCGUUCACGUGAACCCUGAAAAAAUCAAAAAGAACUCGACGGGAGACGUCUCCGCAGACUCCUACCACAACUGGCGUGAAGAUGUGAGGAUAGCUGCAGAACUAGCAAAGGAGACAUUCGACAAAACUGGUGCAAAAUACUAUAAUGACCUCAUAAAUGCUCUCAUCACUGAGGGCAUAGAGCCAGUCAUCACGCUCUAUCACUGUGAAUCGCCGGUGAAAAUUCAAGAUAUGGUUGUUUCCGUGGUGAAAUCAGCGGAUGAGGGCAUCCGACGAAUUCCCUGCGUGAAUUCUUUAACAGAGGAAGGUGCCUUGUUGCAACUGUCACAAUGCACCGAUCUAAGUUUUCCUCCAAACUUCAAAUUCGGCGCAGCCACAGCGGCUUAUCAAAUAGAAGGCGGCUGGAAUGCUGACGGUAAAGGCGAAAACAUAUGGGACAGAUUUGUCCACGUGAACCCUGGAAAAAUCAAAAACAAUGCGACGGGAGACGUCUCCGCAGACUCCUACCACAACUGGCGUGAAGAUGUGAGGAUAGCUGCAGAACUAGGUCUUCAGUUCUAUAGAUUUUCAAUAAAUUGGCCACGAAUUCUGCCAACGGGAUUUCCAAACAAAUUCAACAAAGUUGGUGCAAAAUACUAUAAUGACCUCAUAGAUGCUCUCAUCGCUGAGGGCAUAGAGCCAGUCAUCACGCUCUAUCACUGGGAAUUGCCGGUGAAAAUUCAAGAUAUGGGUGGCUGGACUAAUCCUUUGAUAGUAGAUUGGUUUGGUAACUUCGCGAGGUUGAUGUACUCUCUUUACGCUGACCGCGUCAAAACAUGGCUAACAAUAAACGAAGCUAUUGUUGUUUGCGACUACAAUUACAAUUCAGGAAUUUUUGCUCCAAAGAUCAAAGAGCCAGAGUUCGCUCCUUAUAUAUGUAACAAAUAUGUAUUGCUUGCUCAUGCAAAGGCUUAUAGAAUAUUUGAUCAAGAAUUUAGACCUAAAUAUAGUGGAAGAAUUUCCAUCGCAAAUAACAUGAUCUGGAUUGAACCUUUCUCUUCCAUGGACAGGGAAUUGGCUGAACUUGGAAGGGAGCAUGCGACGGGUAGAUAUUGUCAUGCAAUAUUUUCAAAAAGUGGAGGCUGGCCACCCGCCAUUGAAAAAGCUAUACUGAAGUACAGUUUGAAACAUGGGUAUAAUGAAUCGACACUUCCUUCUUUUACUGAGGAGGAAAAAGUAUUCGUUAAAGGUACGGCAGAUUUCUUGGCUCUGAAUCAUUAUACCACAUAUAUGAUCAGAUCAGCAAAGCCUGGAGAGGACACUGGCUACUGGUUCUUAACAGGCUCACCAGAAUUAAAUGCCGUAAUAGAAAAACCUCCCAAUGCGCAUUAUGGCGCUUCUAGAAUACUACCGAUAUACCCCAAGGGCAUGCGAAGACAGUUGGCGUGGUUGAAGAAACAAUAUGGUAACAUCGAUUUCCUGAUCACAGAGAACGGCUACUCUUCUGUGGGCAACCAGCUCGAUGACUAUGACAGAAUACACUUUUACAAAGCGCAUUUGGAACAGGUGCUGCUGUCCAUAAAAGUAGACAACGUCAGCGUUAUUGGAUUUGCAGCGUGGUCUCUCAUGGACAACUUCGAAUGGUUGGAUGGAUAUCACACAAAGUUUGGACUUUACGAAGUUGAUUUCGAAGAUCCUAAUAGAAAAAGAACGCCUCGAGCAUCUGCACACUUCUACGCAUGCGUAAUCAAGAACCGAUCACUCAACGAUACUUGCCUUAAUAAGAAAUUAAUCGCGUCGCGAUCCUAUCAAAGCAAUGCAAGACUGUGA